AUGAAAACUUUUAUCAAAAAAAGUAACAAACAACCACCGGUUCCUAAAUCAAUAAAAGUAAUUAUUAAAAGGUUUAACGAAAUUGACAAAAAAACCAAUCGUAAAAAUUGGAAAAUCAAAGUUAAAACUUUAGGAAAGGAUAUUAACGAAUUUGAAACUAACUUCGAUCAAAAUAAAGAUCAACGUUCAAGUAAUAAAAAUCUUUACAAAAGGUUCAAAAAUCAUAGAAAACAAAAGUCUGGAUUAUCCGAAAGGAAAUUUGAUGCAAAAGUAGUUGAUGCUGAUGCUGCUAAAAAUGUACCUUCAAGUGAAGAAUCUUCAACUGAUAAAUUGAAUAUAAUAACUGACAACACCGAAUGUUUUGAAACUGAUAAACAGAAUAUAAUUAUCUGCUGA